AUGGCUAGCGAGCCAGCAUUGUGGGCCGGGGGAGGUCACUCGGACGAAGAUUGGUUCGACGAACUGCUUGACGAGUCGAGCCCUUCUCAUGCCCUGUCCGACGCAGACACUGUCGACCUCUGGCGUGGCCUCGCAUCAGCGGAAUCCUCUGGCGCCGUAGUCUUCCGUGGUCAAGCUGCUCCCGGCAACGGUCGCGAACGGCUGCAACCCCCCUCGUUAGCGAACAACUCUCAGGUCCCUUCGUUCCCCAGCUACCAACAGAAUCAGCACCAGCGUUUUCACCCUUCGCAUCAGCAAAGCUACGAGAGUGACGCAGGCUUCCGUGAACCCUUUAGGCAGGCACGGAGGUCUCAGAAUCCAACUCAGUCGUACAUGAGUGAGAGCUCGUUCAACCACGGCACCGUCAGUAACGACGUGCCCCUCGAAAGGACUAUGAUGGCGAACUACCCGCAUGGUCAGAGUGGCGGUGAAGCUGCUGAUCAGCAGAGCGUCAGGCCUUUCAAUGCGUCUCAGCUACCUCAUGUCAAUAACGCGGGCGGUUACGCACCCGACCCGUUCCUGGCCGCGCCAAAUCAGAUGCAGCAAGGUUUCCAGUUCUCCCAAAACAUGGCGAGUACUAGCCGUAAUGUCGCCGGCAUCGCUCAGGACCGUCACGUCCAGCGGAGCGGUUUCGAAACGAUCUCACGACACCCUUCAGCACUAGGCUCUCAUCAGCAAUACGAUUUCUCUCACUCACACAGCAACCCUCAGAACGACGGCACUGUUCGCACGUACGCAGGACCAGCGCCAACCAGGAAUUUCCAUCCAUACCACGGGACCUCCCAGCCAUCCGACAUUCAACAUCCACCUAACAUCUUCCAGCCAUACGGUAGCCCUCAGCCAUACGGUAACCCUCAGAGAUUAAGCGGUCUGCAAGCAUUCGGCACCCUUCAACCACUCGGCUCGUCCCAGACGUACGGUCUUCCGCAGGCACACAGCAUCAGUCAAGCAUAUGCACUUCCACCAGCCCAAACCGCACCGGUACAACUGUUCAACCCGCCACCUCCAGCGUUGGGUAUGUCUCCUCGAGCCAUCAACACCAACACCCCUACAAAGACCGGCGCUGUUUACGGUGGUCAGACACGCGAACGGCUCUCCCCUCGGGUUCGGAUGCCCGUGAACAUCGAUAUUGGACUCGUCGAGAUCUGUACAUUCCUUCCAGACGCUUUACAAAUCCCGAAAGUUGCGAUGCGCGCUGUGCACGCCGGCUGGACAGCUCUCGAUCUUGCGAAUGCGGUGGUGGAGCCUGUCGACGACUUGACCGCAGACAAUAUCAAGACUGCCCGAGGCAGAUUCCAGAAGCAACUCGCCAAAGGCGCCAGCCUUUGUCACGGUUGGACCGGCACCUUCAAGCUGGAGAGUGUGCGUGCUCAACACGGUGCAGGCUUCGGGUUCGACAUGACUUCUGCCAGCUAG